UCUUAUUGUGAAAGUCUGCCUGCUGCUUCCUCAUAGGUGGAGUCCUGACUGGUUCCAGUAAACAGAUCACCUGUCUGAGCGUCCAGGAGUGGACUGGAAACUUUCUUCUUCUUCUUCUUCAGCGCUUUGAAUAAAGUGUGAAGGCAGAAAGUGUGUGUGAGCUGCUGUGAGUUGAGCAUCAUGGAUGAGUGUGAGGACAGAGAGGAGGGAGUCCCUCCCUCUAAAAGCUCUCUGUGUGGGGAACAGGAGAACCAGAGCAAAGCUCAGAGGAAUCCACCUGGACCUGGACCUGGACCUGGAUCCAGCUGUGUGUCCUUCAAGAGCGACCGAUCAAAGGAUAAUCCUAUCUAUUUCAAAGGAGAACCAGGUCCUGCUGCAGAGGGAGUGGAGCAGCAGAACUCAGAGGUUCCCAGAGCUCAGUCUGUCCAGCAGCAUGACCUGGACUCCAUAUUCAUGCUGCUGGAGGACAACAUGGUGACUUUUGUGAAGAAGGAGCUGAAGAAGAUGCAGAAGCUUGUGAGUCCAGAUUACCCAGAAUGCUCAGAGAGUCAGGGGGAGGAUGAGGAGGAGUUGGAGGGUGAUGAUGAAGAUGAGAGGAGCAGCAGAGAGAUGUUUCAGCAGAUCACAGUGUUGUUCCUGAGGAGGAUGAAGCAGGAGAAGCUGGCUGACCGUCUGCAGAGCAAACUUCCUGCAGUUUGCGGACGUGAACUUAAAUCUUCUCUGAAGAAGAAGUUCCAGAGAGUGUUUGAGGGCAUCGCUAAAGCAGGACAGCCGACCCUCCUGAAUGAGAUCUACACAGAGCUGUACAUCACAGAGGGAGGGACUGCAGAGGUCAAUGAUGAACAUGAGGUCAGACAGAUUGAAGCAGCAUUCAGGAAAGCAGACAGAGCAGAAACAAGCAUCAGAGCAGAAGACAUCCUUAAAGCCUCACCUGGAAGAGAUGGACCAAUCAGAACAGUGAUGACACAGGGAGUGGCUGGCAUCGGGAAAACAGUGUUAACACAGAAGUUGACUCUGGACUGGGCUGAAGACAAAAGCAACCAGGACAUCCACCUCAUGUUUCCAUUGACUUUCAGAGAGCUGAAUGUGCUGAAAGAGAGAAAGUUCAGCUUGAUGGAACUUGUUCAUCACUUCUUCAGUGAAACCAAAGCAGCAGGAAUCUGCAGCUUUGAAGACUUCCAGGUUGUGUUGAUCUUUGACGGUCUGGAUGAGUGUCGCCUUCCUCUGGACUUCCACAACAAUGAGGUCCUGACUGAUAUUACAGAGUCCACCUCAGUGGAUGUGCUGCUGACAAACCUGAUCAGGGGGAAGCUGCUUCCCUCAGCUCGCCUCUGGAUAACCACACGACCUGCAGCAGCCAAUCAGAUCCCUCCUGACUGUGUGGACAUGAUGACAGAGAUCAGAGGGUUCACCGACCCACAGAAGGAGGAGUACUUCAGGAAGAGAUUCAGAGAUAAGAGGAAGGCCAGCAGCAUCAUCUCCCACAUGAAGACAUCACGAAGCCUCCACAUCAUGUGCCACAUCCCAGUGUUCUGCUGGAUCACUGCUACAGUUCUGGAGGAGCUGCUGAGAAGCAGAGAGGGAGGAGAUCUGCCCAGAACCCUGACUGAGAUGUUCAUCCACCACCUGGUGGUUCAGGCCAAAGUCAAGAAGGUCAAGUAUGAUGGAGGAGCUGAGACAGAUCCACACUGGAGUCCAGACAGCAGGAAGAUGAUUGAGUCUCUGGGAAAACUGGCUUUUAAUCAGCUGCAGAGAGGAAACCUGAUCUUCUAUGAGUCUGACCUGACAGAGUGUGGCAUCGAUGUGGAAGCAGCCUCAGUGUACUCAGGAGUGUUCACACAGAUCUUUAAAGAGGAGAGAGGGCUGUACCAGGACAAGGUGUUCUGCUUCGUCCAUCUGAGUGUUCAGGAGUUUCUGGCUGCUCUUCACGUCCAUCAGACCUUCAUCAACUCUGGAAUCAACCUGUUAGAUGAACAACAAACAACCACCAACAAACCUGAUCCAACAGGUUUCUACCAGAGAGCUGUGGACGAGGCCUUACAGAGUCCAAACGGACACCUGGACUUGUUCCUGCGCUUCCUCCUGGGUCUGUCACUGCUGACCAAUCAGAAUCUCCUACGAGGCCUGCUGACACAGACAGGAAGUAGCUCACAGACCAAUCAGAAAACAGUGGAGUACAUCAAGAAGAAGAUCAGUGAGGAUGUGUCUGCAGAGAGAAGCAUCAAUCUGUUCCACUGUCUGAAUGAACUGAAGGAUGUUUCUAUAGUGGAGGAAAUCCAACAGUCCCUGAGAUCAGGACGUCUGUCCACAGAUAAACUGUCUCCUGCUCAGUGGUCAGCUCUGGUCUUCAUCUUACUGUCAUCAGGAGAACAUCUGGACGUGUUUAACCUGAAGAAAUACUCUGCUUCAGAGGAGGUUCUUCUGAGGCUGCUGCCAGUGGUCAAAGCCUCCAACAAAGUUGUAUUGAGUGGCUGUAAUCUGUCAGAGAGAAGCUGUGGAGCUCUGUCCUCAGUCCUCAGCUCCCAGUCCUCCAGUGUGACAGAACUGGACCUGACUAACAACAACCUGCAGGAUUCAGGAGUGGAGAGUCUUUCUGCUGGACUGGAGAGUCCACACUGUAAACUGGAAGCUCUCAGGCUGUCAGGCUGUCUGGUCACAGAGGAAGGCUGUGCUUCUCUGGCCUCAGCUCUGAGCUUGAAGACCUCAAAUCUGAGAGAGCUGGACCUGAGCUACAACCAUCCAGGAGACUCAGGAGAGAAGAUGCUGAGAGCUAAAGUGGAGGAUCCACACUGUAGACUGGAAACUCUCAGGGUGACGCCUGCUGGAGUCCCAUGGUUGACACCAGGUCUGAGGAAGUAUUCCUGUCAACUCACAGUCGACACAAACACAGUAAACAGAAACCUCAAACUGUCUGACAACAACAGGAAGGUGACACAUGUGGAGGAGGAUCAGUCGUAUCCUGAUCAUCCAGACAGGUUUGACUACUGGAAACAGCUGCUGUGUGGAACUGGUCUGACUGGUCGCUGUUACUGGGAGGUGGAGUGGAGAGGACAGGUUGACAUAUCAGUGAGUUACAGAGGAAUCGGAAGGAACGGACGCUGUAAAGACUUUCUGUUUGGAUGUAAUGAUGAGUCCUGGAGUCUGUUCUGCUCUGAUUACAGUGGUUACUCUGUCAGACACAAUAACAGUCAAACACCCAUCAGGUCAUCAGUCUCUCACAGAGUUUCAGUUUAUGUGGACGUUCCUGCUGGAACUCUGUCCUUCUACAGAGUCUUCUCUGACUCUCUGAUCCACCUCCACACCUUCAACACCACAUUCACUGAACCUCUCCAUCCUGGAUUUGCAUUUUACUCAUCUGGUUCCUCAGUGUCUCUGUGCUGAGUCUCGUCUCCAGAGUCUCCUCCUGGUACAGAAACAGUGUUGAACAGAUAGUUGAGUCUCUCCAUGACUCUGUCCCUCACAAACAUGUUUUCACAUUCAUGGAUUAAAUGUGUUUCUUUGUCAAAUCCUUCUAAAUGAUUCCUUGUAAACUUGUUCCUCUUCAAAGAUGGAAGUUGUGAUUCUUCCAGGAGCCAAAUGUGCAGAGGUGGGUAGAGGAGCCAAAAUUUGUACUCAAGUAAGAACAUUACAUUAGAAAAAUAUGACUCAAGUAGAAGUAAAAAGUAGUCAUCUAAAAAAAUUACUUGAGUAAGAGUAAAAAAGUACUUGGUGAAAAACUACUCAGGUAGUGAGUAACAGAAACAUCCGAUUUACUUGUCUUCUGUGCAUGAAUUCAAUCAGACAUACAAUAUAAAUUCAAUAAAGUGUAUAUUCUGGUAAACCUCUUGAACUAAAAUGAUAAUAAAUUAAAUCUUUAUAUGAAAAAAACAUGAAAAAAUAAAUUAUAUUCCAAGAAACACGCUCUUGCCAGCGUUGCAGGUUUCAAGCAUUUUCUUUUUAAAAUAUUCUUUAAGACCAAGACAAACAUACUCAAGUAAAAGUAAAAAGUAUUGUGCUUUAAAUUUACACAUAAAAGUACAAUUUAUCAAAAAAACUACUCAAGUAAAUGUAACGGAGUAAAUGUAACUGGUUACUACCCACCUCUGCAAAUGUGGUGUUUGCGUCUUUUUCCAGUCAAAUGUUGAGAGUGAAAAUCAGGAUGUGGUGUUCCUCUGACGCUCACUUGAACUAAAAGCAUUUGAGCUGCACAAAGUGUGAAAUGAGAGAGGAAGCAGUGAAUCUCCAAACUGCUGACAGACUUUCACACAUUAUUGUCCAGUGAAAAUCAGCUUUUUGUGCAGCCACACUUGAUCCUGAUGUGAGUCUUUAAGUCCUGUUCUAGUGAUGAAAUGAGAACUUCCUUCAUCUUGUGUGUGAUGGAGAAGAAUAAAGGGCUGUGGCUACAAA